AUGUCUUUCGUCAACAGCCUCCCCAGUACUGGAGAAGUCUACGAUGUUGUCGUGGUCGGCAGUGGCUUUGCGGGCUCUACCACAACCCUUCGCUUCCUCGAGGAGUGUGAGAGACUCGGGAAGUCUGGCAAGAUCGCGUUGAUCGAGGCCGGCAAGGAAGGAGAACGAUGUGGUGCCAGCAGAUGGACACAAGCAGUCCUUCGACUCACGGACGAUAAUGUCUUUGACCCAAAUUGGAAACACGUUAUGAAGGCAAGUAUCGAUCUCUAUCCUUUGGUUCCCAAGGUGGGGUUUACGGGACUUAUUUUCCUGCACAGCGGCGGGCUUGCAGACCAAGCAUACUGCGAGAAAUUGGAGAAGGAGGCGCCGAUCUCGGUCGACUACCUCAAGGAGCGCGGCGUCAAACUGCACCAUCACUACGAAGAGAAUCUCUUGGUCCAGUUUAGCACCCGCCAGCACUUCUGCUAUCCCGUUGGCGGUGGACAUGCAAUCAUCAACACCCUCUUCGAUCACAUUCGAAAGUACCCCAAUGUCAAGGUCUUGUGGGAGACGACGGCCGAACACCUCCUGCAAACCGAGCAAGGCGAGGUUUGUGGAGUGCGAGUCCGACAGGCUGAUGGAAAGCUAUCCAAGGUCUUCGGGAAGAAGGUCAUGCUGGCUUGUGGAGGCUUCGAGGGCAGCAAAGACCUGAUGGCCCAGUUUGUCGGCCCGCGUGUCGAACAUCUUCCCGUCAUCGCACCAGGGUUGAAAUACAACACGGGAUUCGGCCUGAAGAUGGGCAUGGAAGUCGGUGCCCAAGUUGCGGGAUCCAUGAACGGCCUCCAUUGUGAGAUGGUCGACUCUCGAACCACCAAGCCCGAUGCUGUCAUCUGGGGCCACAAUUUUGGUAUCGUGGUCAACAGAGACUGCAAACGCUUCUAUGACGAGGGCAAAGACUCACUCUUUGCCACCUUUGAGAUGAUUGCUCUGGAGGUUUGGAGAGACCAAGACCAAGAGGCCUAUUUGUACGUGUUCUUCUUCUUCCUCUUGAGCUGGUCCAGGGUUCUGUAUCCGUUGGCUAAUCCGGACCUUAGUAUCACCGACAAGCCCAUCAUGGACCGUUUUCGACCAGGCUGGGUAUUCGAGACCACCGACCUGGAACCUGAAUCGAGCGACACGAUUGAGGGACUGGCCGAGAAACUCGGAAUCAAUCCCAAAGCACUCAAGAAGACCGUGGACGAGUUCAACGCGGCAAUCAACGAUGCGCCUCUGGAUCUGCUCAAGCACGACGGAAAGUCGACGCGAGGCUUGACGCCCGAAAAGUCCAACUGGGCCGCUCCCAUCAAAGUCGCUCCCUUUUACGGCUUCCCCCUUAAAGCCAACGUCACCUUCACCUUUGGCGGGCUCAAGACCGACCUCGACAGCCGCGUCAUCUCCAUCACCGGCGCCCCGAUUCCCAACCUGUACUGCACGGGCGAACUCUCUGGAGUCUUCUACAACGAAUAUCCCGGGGCGGUGUCUGUCUUGCGGUCGCUUACCUUUGGCCGUCUCGCGGGCCAAAAAUUUGCCCAGGAUCUCUAG